AUGAUCAUAAAUCAUUCAUUAGAUCAACGCUUCGACAGUAAUCAUCCAUUUUGUUUUCUUGAAAAAACUAAUAUGGAUUCCAGUAAAUACAACGAAAUAACACUCAAAGACUUCAAAUGGACAAAUGAACCGAAAAACUGGAAAAUUAUCGAUCAAAGUUUAGAAGUAACGACGGAUGACAAAACCGAUUAUUGGGGAGGCACCCUAAACAAUUUGUUCAAUAAUAAUGGACACCUUUUUGGUAUAGAACUCAAGGAAGAUUUUACUUUUACGGUUUGCGUGGAAGCAGACUUUACUCACUUGUAUGACUAAGCUGGUCUCAUGAUAUACUUCGAUGACAAACAUUGGCUGAAGGCUGGCAUCGAGUACAAUGAUGGACAACCAAUGGCUGCCAGUGUGUUAACCAAUGAGCUCUCUGAUUGGGGCACAGGCGUGUUUACUGGCAAUCCGCGCAAGUUCUACCUGCGAAUGUCAAGGAAGGGCGACGUGGCGUGUGUGAAGUACUCGACAGACAACGAGCUGUGGACGCUGCUCCGACUGUGCCCGCUGCCGCUGUGUGCGCGCGGCCCGUGUGUCGUGGGACCCAUGUGCUGCACGCCCACCAGACAAGGGCUGCACGUAAAAUUCAGUAACAUAAAAAUAACCGUGCCAGCGGAUGAUAUACUGCAUUCCAACUAA